UUUAGGAUAAAAGCUUGUAAGACGAAAUGAACACUUGAUGACCACUAUAACAAUGAUUUCCUUAGAGAACAUUCUGCGAACAAGACAUACAUUCUACAUGGAUGAGCAUUUUAAGACCCAGAGAGCAGAAUUUAAUUAAGAAACUACAGCCUUCGGUUGUCCAUAUUGGAUCAAACAAUUUCCCCGUCUGCGUAGGUGGAACAUUUACUAUUUCAGAGCCCCAAUGGAGCCAGUUUCACCGUCCCACCGCGCUCCGUAGAGAGGGUAUACGACUCAAUGAUUGGGGCAAAACCACGCUGACCGAUAUAUCUUCCAACCUACACCGCUCAAGAGAUGGCUCUCUGUUCCAAUCGUAAAUGAAAAGGCGUGCCUGUCCAAAAUAUUCAACGUAUAGUUAAAAAAUGGGUGGGUACAUUUUAAACUCGUUUAGGUCCUCUAUGAAGGUAGGCUGCAGCGUGUGUUUAUUGAUGAGAUGAAAGAAGAUGGAAGUGAGAAAUGAAACAAAGUAAGGGAAAAUAUUAAAAAACUCGAAGCCUUGCCGGGGAAAAACCGGGGAAGCUGCAAAACGCUGUCGCCACUGGAGAACAAGCUUAGGACAGCAGCGAUAGUUCUGGAUUGGCUCACGAAGGCACUGCCAGGACAUCAAAUGUGAUCUGGGAUGUCAUUGCCAGGUGGGGAGGUUUCGGAGGCGUCCAGUUUAAAUUGAAAGGGUGGUAUUGAAGAGACCACUGUGGCCCUGUGGCAGAGCGACCUAUGAUAGUGGCAGCAGAGAGGACUGAAGGGACAGCCUAGGACUGGUCUUUCCAUAGCCACCUUCACCAGCAACCUGUAGCAGUGUGCCCUGUGCCUCAUCACCAGCCUCACACACAUCUUCCCAUCAAAGAGUCAUCUGACUGUGACAUCUGUUGCAAGGGGAUGACCGAGCGCAUUCAUAACAUCAAUCUCCACAACUUCAGCAAUUCUGUACUUGAGACCCUCAAUGAGCAGCGCAACCGCGGGCACUUCUGUGACGUGACUGUUCGGAUCCAUGGAAGCAUGCUGCGAGCCCACCGCUGCGUGCUGGCCGCUGGGAGCCCCUUCUUUCAGGACAAGCUUCUCCUGGGCUACAGUGACAUUGAGAUCCCCUCGGUGGUCUCGGUGCAGUCCAUCCAGAAGCUGAUAGACUUCAUGUACAGCGGGGUCCUGCGGGUGUCCCAAUCAGAGGCUCUCCAGAUCCUCACUGCUGCCAGCAUCCUGCAGAUCAAGACGGUCAUCGAUGAGUGCACCCGCAUCGUGUCCCAGAAUGUGGGCCUGGCCGGGCCAGGGGGGUUCCCUGUCAACCCAGGGGACUCUGGGCAGGAGACGCCCCGGGGCACACCUGAGUCAGGCACCUCUGGGCCCAGCAGCGAUGCAGAGUCAGGGUACAUGCAGGCCACGUCCCAGCAGAGCCUUGAGCGUGCGUACACAUCGCUGUACUCCUACUCGGGCCUCUCACUGCAGAAUGGAACCCGUGAACGCUCCCACUACGUAACCAGUAUGACAACAAGCUACGACCCAGCCCUUAGCAUGCAGAAGGACCAGCACGACCAAGACCCGCCGUGGAUCACCCGCAUCCAUGAAAGGUCACAGCAGAUGGAACGCUUCCUAUCCACCCCUGAGACCACCCACUGCCGCAAGCAGCCCCGACCGGUACGCAUACAGACAGGAGGCAUUCACAUAAAGCAGGAGGCAGAGGAUGAGUACAGCUGCUAUGGUAUGGAUGAGUGCACAGAGGACACUGACCACGUUGAGGGUGUGGAGACUGAACCGAAGGGUGAAAGCUUUGACUCAGGGGUAAGCUCCUCCAUUGGUACUGAGCCAGACUCCGUGGACCAGCACCAGUACCCCGUGGGCUUUGGGAGGGAAGGAGGUGGAGAGGGGACCCCAGUGCAGAUUGAAGUCGAUGACUCCUCCCCAGAGCAGAUUCAUGAGACGGAGGAAGGGGGCACAUCCCACAGCACUAGCGACAGUAACAUGUUGCAGCCCCUGCCCAACCCAAUCAUGGCCCAGUCUCUGCCAAGUGCCCUACUCUAUAUGCGUCAGGUCGAAUCUCACACCAGCAAUCUGAGGAUGCCGCUCACCAUGACCAGCAACACCCAGGUAAUGGGCAUGGCUGGCAACUCCUACCUGCCCACUCUGUUUCCCACACAGUCGGCCAGCAACAACAAGCCCUUCCUCUUCAGCCUGCAGCAACCCAUGGGAGGCCAGCAGCCCCAGUUUGUGUCCGGGCCUACCCCUAGUAUGCCCCCAUUCCCUCAGCAAUUGACGGUACAGCAACAGGCAGCGCGGGAACAGCAACAGGCGGCCUCGAUGGGACAGGGGGAGAAGAAGCCCUAUGAGUGCACUCUCUGCACUAAAACCUUUACUGCUAAACAGAACUACGUCAAACACAUGUUUGUGCACACUGGUGAGAAACCACAUCAGUGCAGCAUCUGCUGGCGCUCGUUCUCCCUGAAGGAUUACCUAAUCAAACACAUGGUCACUCACACAGGGGUGCGUGCCUACCAGUGCAGCAUCUGCAACAAACGCUUCACCCAAAAGAGCUCCCUCAACGUCCACAUGCGGCUGCACCGUGGAGAGAAGUCCUAUGAGUGCUACAUCUGCAAGAAGAAGUUCUCUCACAAGACCCUGCUGGAGAGACACAUGGCUCUGCACAGCACAGGGGGCGCCGUCACAGGGCUGUCGGGGGCAGCAGGUGCCGGUGGCCCUGUUUCCAUUCCCAUGGCCGUGCCCGAACCUGGCGCCGGCGUGGUGGCCCUCGCCAUGCCCGUCGGCGGUGGGGCAGGAGUAGGGGGUGGGGUCGGACCAGGAGUGGGUGUGGCUGCGGAGGCAAGCUGCCAAGAAGGGACCACCUACGUGUGCUCCGUCUGCCCUGCCAAGUUCGACCAAAUUGAGCACUUCAAUGACCACAUGCGAAUGCAUGUCUCCGAUGGAUAAGUACAAAUAGAUACACUUCUUUAAAAAAUAUUAAAUGAAAAGAAAAAUGGCACUAGAUUUUUUUUAUUUUGAGGCAUGAAGAAUAAUCAGUAUAGACACUGGCACAUUAAGUUUCCCAGAAAUGAGUUUUUUUUUGUUAUUCUAAAAGAAAAACAAGAUGGUGGCCUUAAGGCUUUGUAGUUUGAUAUUGAUCCACUGGAUGGAUCCUUACUACAGGCCUCUAAAUGUAUGCUUUCCUAAAAUACUGAUUUAUGUGUUGAACACUACCGAAAGGCCUAUGAAAGAAACACACACACAUACACAAAUUCAAACUCACACACCUAUAUACAGUAUAAAUAUAUCUUUGUAUGAGUGUAUGUGUUAAUCUGUGUAUGUGUGUACUUGUGCGUGUGUAUUUGUAUGUGUGCGUGUGUGUGCGUGUGCAAACAUUGCCAUGGAAUUUGGAACAUGGUAAAUGUAAUCCCAUAUUGACCGUUUUGGACACUAUUAGGAGUCCAAGCUUACUGUGGUAUAAUUUUCACAAAAAAAUAUAAAAAAUCUGGCUUGGGCUAAAGAUUCCCUCUGAAAAAUAUUGUUGGUCACAAGUUUGCCUUCUUAUGUAGGGUAAGAAAAGGAGAGUAAUUAAUUUGACACUGGGUUUUUAUUUAUUAUUAUUAAGGUAUUGAGGGAUUACAAUACAGCUGUUGUGAAGGUACAAAUUGAUAUUAAUAAUUGUACUGAAAUGUAACUUCCUGUGAGUGGGUAUAGAAAUGGGUAUUUAGUAUAUGUGUUAUUGUCCAUGCAUUUUGAUGGUUCAGGUUAAGUUUACAAAAUUAGGGUUGUUGAUAAGACAGUAUUUGAGCAAAAAUGUAAUAUUAUUAGGAGUUUAUUUCAUUUAUACACUGCCACUAAUAUCUUAGAAGACUGUUAAGGCUAUUAGACCUCUUCCAUUUACAACAUGUGACAUAACAAAAGACUAAAGGUUCUUCUUGACAUAAUGAGGUUAUAAAUGAUUGUUUAGUUCUAUGAAGAGGAUUUGACAUGUGCAGUUGUAGCAGGCUUGAUUGAGUAUGCUACCAGACUCAUCGUGACUGCUGCUUCGGAAUCUGCACCAGACUGUUAUCAGCUGUAGAUUACAACAUGAUUGGUCAAUAUUACUAUUAACGUUUAAAUUAAGAAACUAAAAUAUAUUAUUUGAUAAUGGAAUGGUUUACCGGGAUAGUUUAAGACAGCUGUCAGAUAGAUUACCGGUAAAUUGAGUGAUUCUGUGAACUUGCAUUGGACAAAAAUAUAAUUGUAUGACCUAAAUCUCUGUAUAUCCUGUUCCUAUGGACAUGACACAGCUAUUUGAGCAGGUGGAGAAACUAAAAUGCACUACUCCUGAAAUGUUAGCUCCACCUGGUGGCCCAAAUGGCAUGUCACGUUCUGACAUUUAAUACAGACACCGAGACAGACGAGGCGAGGCAAAAGAAACCACAAUAACAUAUAAUCCCGGUCAAUAAUUACUUCAUAAUAUAACACAACUUGCAGAUGGACUUCCAAGACAAUAAGAUACAUUCCUGAUUUCACAGAUACCUAGACACAGUGUGUACAGAAUAGAUUUGGGAGUAAAGCAAGUGUCACGUCACUCAAAGGCUCUGCUCUGAUAUUUGGCUUACUGUUCAUGCAUUUUAUCCAAAAUAAGACACACACGUCUGCCUGCAACUGCAAUCUGAAGAUUUUGCUCAUUUCUUUGAGUAGACACCUUUUUAGUUACCAUGACGAGAUAGUAACUUACCAGAAUUACAGUACAGUCUGAAAACAAUAUGUUGUAGAUAAAAACAAAGUGCUGCUUUGCACAUUUUCUUCAAAUGCCUGUGCUUAAUAUUUUAUUGUUUUACUUAAUAAAUGAAAUUCUAUUAUUUUCAUUUGUUCAUUUUUUAAAGGAAAACAUCUUUCUUAAAAGCUUGAUAAGAGGACUGCAUUAUUUUCUUGCAUAGCCUAUAUGUUGCACUGCUUGAGCCGAUAAGUGCACUACUGUUACCAGAGAUAUUAUAGUUUUAGAGAAAAAUAAUCAUUUUUUAUCUAAUAAUUUGUUGUAGAAUUAACGUGUUAGAAUAGCUUUGUUCCAUUUUACGAUAAGGUCAUUUUAUGUUUCUUAGCUUUUGUUAUCUCUUGUUAUUAUAUGUAUUUACUUGUGCUGUGUUUGUGCAAGCGUUUAGUUCUAUUUAAAUGUGAUCCAUCGUGUGAGCUUGUCUCUGUUUUCAACCUUUUAAUGUAUUCUUUUCAAGAGGUAAUCCCCUUCAACAGCAGUUAUCCCAUUGCAUACAUUAGAACAGAUGCUGAAUUUUCAUACAAAAGCAUUCAUGCCAAACUAAACCCCCCCCCCCCCCCCAAAAGAAAAAAAUAUUUUAUAGUGUCCUUGGACAUAAAUUAUGUUUUUUUUUUUUGAACAAGUUUCUUUAGGAAUUACAGGGUGGGUGGGAGAUUGUACGCAGCUAUUAUUUGCUAUUUGUAAAUUGUACACAAGUCUGCAUCUCUUGUGUUUGUCUGUGUGAGUGUUUGUGUGUGUUGUAUAAUCAAACUGUUGGUGUCCCAAGUGGAGGUGUAAAACCUGAACUGUAGGGCUUCCUUUGCAAUAUGCAGUGCAGGUACUGUGAGACGCAGCUUUAGCUAACCCUCUUGGGCUAAUAAACACAUUUGUUGUGCACAUUUACAAAGACAUCUAUUGAUCAAAUAUUGAUAGUGGUAAAUACAUUGCCCCGAGUGGAAGAAGUGCAUGGCAUCUUGUGCCUAGUGCUUUAGUUAGCUUCAGCUGGUUGAUAUUUGGAUAAGGCCUACCUAAUACUCUUCUAUCAUCUUCACCGUAUUCUAUCUUUGUCUCUUUCAAAUUGAAAACAAGGAAGUGAUGAGGGCUAUUAGUUAGUAAUCAAUCCCAGAGUUUCCUCAUAUCAUCAGAGCGAGGGCCUUGCAUUAUGUUUCAUAGAGUUUCAUCUGGUCACUGAAAUAGCAUGUGGUUGCCAAGUAAAGGGAACAACAUAUGUGACUUGUGAUUGGGCCGCAGUUUGUUAUCCUCUGCUGCAGAGGUCUCUAUCGGGAACACAAGCCUAUAAAUGCUUCUACUCUGUUGCUCCCAUUGCUACUCUGUAGGACCAGGAACUGCAUGUCUGCAUACAAGGUUAAUUGUGUCUGUAGUCUUAGAGGACUCUGUAGUCUCAUGUUUGAUGAGACAAAGUCCUUAACAGAUGGUUACAGUAUGUAAGGAACUGCUGAGAUCUAUUUUGAUCACAUGUUAAUGCUCUGGCAUACAGUUGUUGUUGGUGGUGGUAGUGGUGGUGGUGGUGGUGGUAGGGGUGGUGGUGGUGGUGGUAGAGGGAGUAGUGGUGGAGGUGGUGGUGUUGUCUGCUCUAUGGAACAAUAUAGAAAUGGUCAACCAGCUAGGCAGAGCAGUACAUUCACCAAGUUAGUCCCAGUAAACACAGUAAGAACCAUGCACUGUGAACUAAGUCCAACCUUCAGUUUCAGAAACAGAAUAAUGAAUGCUAAACAAUUUAACCAUCACUUAUUUCUUAUGAAACCAAGACCAGACUAUAGUUGCUUCCAAAUGUAUUAUCAGUGAGAUAAUCUAGCAUUAUUUUGACCACUUUGCAGUCUCUUACAGUCAGCCUAAAUGAUAUUUAUGUAAUAAAUGAAUCAAAUGCACUAUUGACUGUAGAUGUUUUUCUAAAGCACAUCAUUUUCUCGUUGUCAUAGGUUGUGAAAAAAGAUAAUAGCAAAGGAAUAGUUUAAUGUUGGUUUUGAGAUAUUUUGAGAGUGGAUGUGGGCUAUAUAAAUCACCCAUAUUAUCACACAGCUCACGAGAAAGGUUCAUUGGAAACAUAACAUAAUCUUUGACAAUACUGAGGUAUAGACCUGUUGGCUCUCCCCUGCCCAUAGAUGGUUGACCUCACUUAUACCUAUGUGUGACUUACAAGCAGACGUUUAGCAUUAGUAUCAUCUUAUGAUACUAUAAAUUGACAUGACUUAAGAACUUUCCAGGAUUUGUUUUCCAACAACGCCAUGUUUUGUCGGCAGUCCCUCCCUGGCCUUUCUUGUCAUUCUCACUUUUGUUUGAUUAACUUAUUGUACCAGUGGCUCAUGUCAUUGUGUUCAAUUAAUAGUUAGUUAAAAAGUUGGGAAAACAUGCAAUGCAACCCUGAAAUACGCCCCUGUCGCUGUUGUCCUUGGUUUAUAUACUAUACAGUCAAGAAAGAGUUUAGAAUUUAUGUUUGUAAGAUUACUAUAACAUAAUGUAUUUUUCAGCUAUACAAUAUAUUCACAAGUAUAGAAUUAGUUAGAAUUAAGCCUACAGCUUUUCGUUUGGUGUUUUAACUGUCAUGUUCUUAUAUUUCACGUUUUUACUUCAUUGUAGAGACACAGGAUCAGUUUUGCAGUGUGUUUGAAUCAUCUAUGUGCUUGCGUGUUCCAGGGCUUUAAUUUGCCUGUUUUUCUUGCAACCAUUAUGUACCGGUGCAUUUGUAAAUAGUUUUUAGUUAGUGGGCAAAGGAUAGACAGCCAUUGAGUAAGACAUCGUAGCUUGUCAGAAGCGCCUAUCUUCUCGUUGGACAUGAGCCCUCUUUUCAAAUGGGAGAUACUGUACUUUCAGUUGAAGAAAAAAAAUAGGAAAAUAUAACAAACGUAGUGCGAAGACUAAUGUGAUGUGAUCAGUUACUAGUAUAGCUCUUGUGACUAAGCAGGCUUUUAGAGAAAAACCCAUGCUGUUUAUCUUACAGUUCCUGAUUUACUUUCCUUCAGUGUCCUCACAUUCAUUUUAUUCACUCACCUAGAGUAGUAAUACGUAGUAACUCAGAAACUAACAAUUACCAUGACAGUAAACCUGCUGGCAUACAUUAUACAGAUACAGUCCAACUACAUAAUAUCAGUUGAAUCUAAAGUAUAUAUACACAGUUUUUUUAAUCAAUAUGUUCUUCAUCAACAACUUUAACACAUAUAAUGGAAAGCGUUUGAGAUACAGACAGAAAUGUAACUAUAGGAAUAUGCUUUGAGGGAUAUAAGGAGUAUGCCUAGCUAUCAAGUGCCUAUUUAUACAUUACCAUACUAAAUCUUCAUAAAGUAGUUUUGCUCUCCUACCGUACAUUUUCCAAAUAUAUACAGUAGCUAUAUACACAUGAUAAUCUAUACACAAAUUAUAACAAUAUUUAUACUACUAUAACAGCAAUGUUGGUCACAGUCAUAACACAGUGCAUCCUAAGAAAGCCCUUUAAAAUAUCUUUAUCCGUCUCAAAUCUUCUAUUUAUAUAAAGAUAGAUUUGUUAUUAUUUCCUGCUGACAUACUUAGUUUUAUAACUAGUACAUAGGAGAAAACAGCUAAGAUAAACAACUGGAGUUCAUGAACUGUAGUAAAGGUUCGCUUUAAGGGGCCUAGCCAUGAGGCAUUCAACUAACUCUUCUUCAUUAAAACAAUGAGUAAGCAUGUGUAGUAAUAUGAUAUAGUAGCUAGUCCCUAUCUUAAUGUUUGCCAUUACAAAACCACAACAUUGUUUUGUUCGUCUAAAGCUACAGGUAUGUGUUCUGAAAGAUUUUGAACAGUUUUGCGUAGUUUGCCCAGGUUUGUAAGCACACCUAAAUUGUCAUGACUUCUGGCUUAUCAGCACCAGCCAUCAUUCUUCUGCCACACUGAAUGUCUAUAAUUACAUUUGGGGGGGAUUUGCUGUUAAAAAUAAUAUAAAUAGUAGUCACUAAACCAAAAUACACUAAGCAAAAUACCUAGCACAAUCAAAUGUUGUCCUUAGACAUAGCCUAGCUGUUCUCUCAGAAUACAGUGAUUAUGAUCUCACAUAAGACAUGCCAGUCAGUUGAGCACAUUCCUUGUGUUUGUUCUCUGGUUGUAGCUCAUAAUGAUGGAUAAAGUGUAUACUAUUGUCUUUGUGCUGGUCGGAAUGUUUCAGACCUAGCAAUCAGUGAUGCUACUCGGUCCCUGCAGCUAGCUACACGUGCGCGCCUACGUUACUGUACUUGAUCAGUGACAUCAGUGCAGUGCUAUAUUUGCUUCAGCUACUACAGCCUACAACAACACAGCAAUAUCAGUUAGAAGUGCAAUCACGUUUUACAUGAAGAGUACCAAGCAUUUGUCUGAGUGCUAGCUGUAAUUAAAAGUGUCCUUGUAAGCAAGAAUCAGACCGCUAGCAGUCUUGUCAUAAUCUAUCGUUUUAUGAGAGUGUUACUCUACAAUAUGAUUUGGAAUCAAUAUUCACCAAUUGUGUGUCUCUCUACCUUGAAUUGAUAAGGAAAGUUAGUGUCAUAAAUGAUUAGGACCCAAUACCCGCAGCAUAUCUGAAAUAUGCACAUUCCUGUAAUGUCCAGAACAUUCCUGUCCCUAGUCUGGCCUCACUCUACGAGAUUAUGUUGUCGAUUAUUUCAGACUCUGUAACAAAUGAUGUGACCCCAACAGCCUUACUAGGACAAUAGAUCAAUGACUUUCUUUUCAUUACUUGCUGGUCUGCUCUGCUGGUUAUUUUGUCAUGUGACAUUUUCCCCUCUACAUUGGUUUACGUUUAGUUGAAUCUCCACAAUAAUCACCCUCACAUGUAUGUUUAUUAUAGUGUCACUGGCUUGCUAAACUGUAUAUGAUUGCAGAUCCGUCUCAGAAAAGCACUGCUUAGCAUCUCUGGCAUCGAUGGUCCCAUCAUUGGAUUUUUUUUAGCUUCUAACCAUAGUGCAGAAUAUGCCCCUGCAUAAAGGAAAAUGGCCUGCUUGCUACCAUGGUGUGUUCUUCUGGAACAUGGUGUGUCCUUCUACCUAUCGGAUUGUGUUCCAUAUGCAAUAUAUCUCAAACUCUCCCUUAAAUGUUGUCUCUUAGUUACGGAGAAUACUGAGUCAUCUAGAAGAUGUGGAGUUUGAAAGGUGCUGAAUAAAAGAGCCUCAACAGUAGCUUGCUUAGCACCUUGAAUAAUUGUCUUGGGGCUUUCAGCAGGUCUCUUGCACUUCUCACAUGUCCAAAAUAUAAUUUAUGUCUAUGGUGAGACUAAGCAACAUGCACUGCACUGUAUUACCCAUAUGUUUUUCUACGUUUGUCUCUCUUUUACCUAAUUGCUUUGGUGAACAUAUUUCUGCCCACUUUCUGCCGUGUACCAGACAUACUUGUGGUCUCAAUCAGCAUGCAAUCAUAUAUAAUUAGUUUGGACAUGCAGAGCUUCCAUUACAAUAUGUUGCUUGGUGUUGUUAAAGGUGCCGGUGGUAGUAAUGAUUUGUUGUGAUAUGAAACCAAACCAUCAGGGGGCUAUUGAACAUGUUGGAUGACAUAUGCUUGUUUCCGUAAACACCAAAGAAUGAUAAGAAUAUCACAGUGUCUGAAUUUCAAGCAGAAAGAACAUUAUCUGUUGUGUAAGCGAUAACAAAGACUACCAAGAUGUACGUUCCUAUAAAUUUGUAUGUGUUCAAAUCUGGCAAGAUGGCUAAAAUUAUAUUUUCUUUGAUACUCAAGACAGGGUGCUUGUGAAAAUGCUUUUCUGCGUUUUGUCCUCUGAUCGCUAUUGGUAGACUGUAGUUUAAUUGUUGUGUUAAUGUGCCUACUGUAGACCAAAAUAGCUUUUCUAAAGAAAUUCAGCAAAAUAUAAAAAGAAACCUGACACGUAGUAGUUGUUGUAGAACUAUAGCAUGUUAUAACAUGAAUAAGAUUGUAAAUGUUUCAUUGUUCCUCUGCUUAAAAUUAAUACUCAAUAUCCAUUAGUUAUUUUUUCUACACACACUUAGCAAAUUGAUUUAGGUCUUUCCAAUACACAUUUGAUUUUGUUUGAUUGAUCCGUUUAUCUUUGUUUAAUCCGUUUGUCUGUUAUUCCAGUUUUCAGUAAUUGAUUUCUUCCUUCCGUAUUGUUGAUUUCAAAGCUUUUAUUCUCUGAUAAACUAAAUGCACUUGAUUAGUGGAGAACUGAUACUAAAUUGACAUGCCAUGCACAAUUUAUCUGUUUGUCUGACUAAUAUUCUAAAGACAUCUGUCUGAAAAUGUUAUUCAAACAUAUAGUGGAAGAUCCAUACCGAAUUUAGACUGUUUUUUCAAACUUUGAGGUGGACCAAAAUAUGAGUUGCUUUUGCACAUCCUUGUUUUGCAAUGUGUUGAUGCCAUUGAGUAAAAUAGUAGGAAGAUUAAACUUGCCGCUGCUCAUAACAACCGAACCAAGCAACACAAAGAGGCCUAAAUCUGAUUUAAGGGCAAAUCAUUUAUCCCACAAUACGAUAUUAUAACAUUUUGAUGGCUUACCUAGAGCCUGCUACAAAUACAUUUCCCCCAGAGAGCUUUAAACUCAAAAGCCAGCUGACAUUUGAUGAAUAAUUAAGGCAAAAACAACAAAACAGUGUAAAGAUAUUACUAUUAAUUGAGUUGUAUUAACAUCUUGAUGAGUUGGACCAAAUUUCUUAUCAGUUGGUAGCAUACAGUACAUGAUGUUGAUUACUACAUUAUAUAUUUGUUGUAAUAUGAAUUGUUCAUAUCAAAGAAAAUGUAAACCGUUGGAAAAUAUGUAUUAGUAAAAUGUCACUUAUUGUGGAGGUAUGACAUCAUUUGUAUUAGUAAAAUGUCACUUAUUUUGGGAGGUAUGACAUCAUUUGUAUUAGUAAAAUGUCACUUAUUUUGGAGGUAUGACAUCAUUUGAAAGUUUUUUUCAAGCUGGAUGUUUGAAAUAUGAUUAGUUAUUUGGGUCAUGCUUCUUUAGUGUGGUAGUUGAAUGAAGUCAGUGUCUACAUUGGACAUUGUAAGAUCCACUCAGUGAUGAAUCAGAAAGUCAGUAUGCUCCCACAGUACAUGUGUAGAUUUAUGUUACAGAAAGCUUCGGUUUUUAAUCAGAUAUUCAAGCUUUUUUUCUGCCAUCUUAAAGCUGUUUAUUUAACAAAUGUACCUGCAGUGAAAAAUAAGUUGCACUUACACAUAUAUAUAUAUUAUAUAUUAUAUAUAUGUGUGUGUGUGUAUGAACAUGUAUUUAAUUAAGAAUCUUUUGUUAGGUUUUGUUGCCUGCUUUGGCUUCUGAUUUCUUUAUCUUCCUGAUCAAAUACUCCUUAUAUAUUAGAAUAAUAAACUUGGCAGAAAUGGAGCUGUUGUAGUAAAGGUAUUUAACAUCACAAAUAAGCAACCCUGACUUAUAUGCUGCAGUAAUGUUGUUUUUUCAGUUUGUUUUCUUUUAUGUGUGCUCUACGUUGGUUGGUAUUUUUAUUACUGUUAUGAAACAACCUUGUUUGAAUUGUAAGACUGCUGUUUUGAAAUAGGUGAUGCGUUUUUUUUAUGUAUGUAGGUAGGUAGGUAUGUAGGUAGGCUACAAGGAAGUUUCAUACUUUGACUUGUCAAACACUGGACUGGAGUGAGUUUUCCAACAUUUCCAAGUUGAGAGCUACUAUAUGAGACAUGAACCGACUGCACAGAAUACAGCCUUAUCGCACCCAUUACCUGACAGACAGAGAGGGUCCAACCUGCUACAGAAGGAAUAGUGACUUCUCUGAUUGGAAAUUAUAUUUCCACCAUUUAAUAGAUAAGGUGCUGAAAUAUAUCUGCCAAAAUGUUGCAUUUGUCAGGCUUAUCAAAUCUGGCCAUCAUAAUUAUACAAUAAUCAUUUCAAAAUUCCCUGUUCUAACAAAAUAAGUAAAUGCUAAAAUAUCAAAAGGGAUACCACUUAAUAGCAAUUCAUGAAUCAAAAGAAACCACUUGGUAUAUGUUGUCUUACUAUGUCAAUCAAACAUAUAGAUUGAACCCUGUAGUGAUCUUAAUGUCAGAGUCUUUUUUAGAGCCAACUACCACUUAUCAAACCAGAAAAGAGAUUUGCACUAAACAUAUUUUGGUCUUCGUUGAUGGAAAGCAAUAUGACACAGAACAAUUGACACAUUCUUCAAGCCACAGUAUCUCAAAUAAGAGAGCUGUCUGUGCACAGGGGUAAUGCUGUGUAAAAGGUGAUAUUUGAAAGGUUUGUUGGGGAAAAAAACUGUGUAAAGGUACAGAAUGGAAACUUGUUGUCUUUGAGACGCACAUUAUAAACUUGGACACGCACACAUUGUUGUUCAGAGUUGACAUAUUUGACCAAUCAGAAGUGUCCGAGUCUGAGGUGCAUAGUUUCCUCUUGUCAUUGUUUUGGAGAAAAUGAAACGGCUCUUACUAGCCCUAAAUGAGGGACGGGAAGGAGAGGAGAGUUACAACAUAUCCCAUAAACAUGCAAUCAUUGUAAAAUGUCCUCAUCAAAAAGAUAAUUGAACAAAAGGUAAAAAAGGUUUAUGUUACGUAGACACAUUUUUUUUCCAAAUGAUUCCAACAUAAGACAUUAAACUUCCUCCAUGUUAAAACAUACAGUUUUCUUCACUGAUUUACUCAUUUUUGUUUUAAAACACUCAUAUGAUCUGUAAAGAUUCAAGGUCAGUUCAAGGUCAUUUUUCUGGGAAAUGAUUGAUUACAAAUAUUUAUGAAAAAAAGACUACAACAUUUGUGUCGUAAAACACUGAUGGUUGGGAAAUGCAACUUUCCUUGUCAAUUGUAACAUCAGUUUCGCCAUCCAAAGAAUCAAAGCCCACCCACAUAUAUUGUAAUUCAUAAUUAUCCAUAAGAAAAUAGACUAGUGAGGUGAAAUAUUGUUGACGCCUAAAUGUUCUUUAUUGAGAAUUUUAAAUCAUCAAUCAUUUAUGAUAGCAAUCAUGACAACUAUGAUUUUUUGGUAUCUGGAAAUAUUAGCUUUCCUGUUAUUAGGCCUACCGUUUUGUGGUGCUGCAGUUUGUCUAAAUAUGUUGCGUGUUAGAGGAAGCAUAAGUAUGUGCCUUCUUGUAAUCUCCUUGGUGAGCUUGUUAUUAUUGAGAAGCUUAAGCCAGCCAAUUGUGUUUGCACUAAAACCAAAUUGCUUUUGUGAUGUAGGCUAUUUAAAGCAAGCUUGUUGCGUCACUUUAACCGUACAGUAUGCAUGAGGGUGAAAUUGGUAAGUGAUAGGGCUAGAGCUCCCAUCUGUUGAACUAGUGCAGCUUAGGGAAUCCCCUGAACAUAUCAGCUUUGUACUGCGUUCAGUUUUUGAUUCCAUCUCAUUCAUUACUCUUCUAAAUUAUCACAGACACAUGUUCCACAGUAAAUAGUCUCUGUGGAAUAUCCACACUCUAAAAGAUAAGUAAAUAACAUAAGAAAUCAAAUACAGCUCUCCUUUUAUAUUUGUUUCAUAUGCCACAGCUGAACAGCUGCAUUACUGUAGUAAGAGAUAUUCAACCAUUCUCUCAGCCCAUGGAGGUGCAUGAUUACAAGAGGUCGCCUCGAGACUUGGUCAACGUUAUUUUUAUGUUUUGUGAAAGUUUCUGUUUCUAAGUUAUUUGUGUUUGUUUAAAUCUAAGAGAAAGACCUACAGUACAUGCUUUGAGUCUUACAAAUGCACCUUAUUCAUGUCAGUCUGAGUGGAAAAGACUGGCUAUGUAAUAUCUCUGGUUUAACACCUUACUACACAGCAUGUUUUCACUUUAUGACAGUUUUGCUAUUCUUCCGUGCAUAUGAUUUCCAAAAUAAACCUUAUAUAUUUUGUGAAAAUGUUUAAAGGGAUGUGCCAAAGUUUGGAGGCGAUCUCCCAAGUUUUUAUGCUAAUAAAUUUGUUCUUUCUUCCUCCUUCAGUUAUCACAAUGGUAUGUCAAACCUUUCCUAUCAAUGUGUGAAAGCAAGUUAUUUCAGCAAACAGUAUCAUUACCUGCCAUUUUACAGCAAGCCCUGUAUUUCACGUAUAUUUACCAGUGAUGUGUAUUUGUUAUUAUAAAGAAAAAUAGCCGUAAAGCUUCAUUAUGUUACAUAAUAUUGUGACUUUUUUCGAAAAACUGUGAAGACUUAUCUUGCAUAUACUUUAUACAGAAGUAUUAAGCCUUAAUACAAAAGACUAAAAAAAGUGAGGAAGAAUAAACUGAUUGUUGCUAAGUAAGGAUGAUUUUUUGUAAAUGUUACCAGCACUUUUUUUGUAAUUUUCACUCUGAGGUAUUGUACAAGUUCACGCUGUUUGUGAAGUUUGAUUAUGAAGGAAUAAAAACUAGUACUUUCCUGUACUUCACAGAAAGUAA